CAUGGAUCAUGCUGUGAAAGCUACACGUGGUCGUCCUUGGAAUACCCUGCGUUUCGAAAAUGAUGAACUGGAGUGUCUGUAUCAACGUUACACCCUUAAAUUGCAACGAUUUUCGGUGCUGGGAGUGGUGGCCCUGGUUGUGGUGCUAUGUGGUGUAAUGGCCGCCUUAUCCUUUGUCUACAAUUACACUGCAACAUUUCAUAAUGUCUUCAAUUCAUUUGUGUGCCUACUAUUUGCCAUAAUUUUAAUUUUGUUGCAAUGUCGCGUGAUCAAGGAUCAUCAUUUACCCUGCCUUUGCUAUGGCAUUCUAUUAUUUACUGCUGCCAUUUGUUUUGUUUCGAUGCCGACAUUGGGUUCCAUAUUUCCGGUUGACACCAAGGAGGUCAUGGCCGAAGGUGUAUGGCAAAUAGUGUUUGUGGUCUUUUUGGCUUAUGCCAUGAUGCCAUUACAAAUCUGGGAAGCUGUUUGCUUUGGCAUUACACUACCCCUGGUGCACAUCAGUUUGACUGUCUAUAAAAUAUUUACAGAUGCAUUUCGUUAUUUGGAAUAUAAUCAGCUUAUUGCCAACAUUGUUAUGUUUAUUGGUGUUAAUGUCGCCGGUCUAGUCGUUAAUAUUAUGAUGGAACGUGCACAGCGUCGUGCAUUUUUAGAUACACGAAAUUGCAUUGCCGCCCGUCUCGAAAUUCAGGAUGAAAAUGAGAAAUUGGAAAGACUUUUAUUGUCGGUACUACCUCAGCAUGUUGCAAUGCAAAUGAAAAAUGAUAUCUUAUCGCCGGUUGCGGGGCAAUUUCAUAGAAUCUAUAUACAGAAACAUGAGAAUGUCAGCAUUUUAUUUGCCGACAUUGUGGGUUUUACGGUGCUAUCGUCACAGUGCAGUGCACAGGAAUUGGUGAGACUGUUAAAUGAACUUUUUGGAAGAUUUGAUCAAUUGGCGCAUGACAACCAUUGUUUGCGCAUUAAAAUCUUGGGAGAUUGUUAUUAUUGUGUUUCGGGUUUGCCGGAACCACGUAAAGAUCAUGCCAAAUGUACAGUAGAAAUGGGUUUAGAUAUGAUAGAUGCUAUUGCUUCUGUUGUUGAGGCCACCGAUGUUAUGUUAAAUAUGCGCGUAGGCAUUCACACGGGUCGCGUUUUGUGCGGUGUCUUGGGCCUGCGUAAAUGGCAAUUUGAUGUCUGGUCCAAUGAUGUAACAUUGGCCAAUCACAUGGAAUCGGGUGGUGAACCGGGUAGGGUACAUGUUACCCGUGCCACCUUGGACGCUUUGUCCGGGGAAUAUGAAGUUGAGGCUGGUCAUGGUGAUCAGCGAUCUUCAUAUCUAAGAGAUCAUGGUGUGGAUACAUAUUUCAUUGUACCACCACCACAUAGGCGUAAGCCCUUAAUGCUCAACACCUUGGGUGUACGUUCCGCCAUUGGAUCUCGUCGAAAACUAUCCUUCCGCAAUGUCUCGAAUGUUGUCAUGCAGCUGUUGCACACCAUCAAGUUUUCCGAACCAGUACCAUUCUCCAAUAUUGCCACCGGCUCAUUUCCCUCGACCGGAGGAAAUGCCAGCGGUCGUGGUAGUACCAGCGGUGGUGAUGGCCAAUUGGAAAAAGGAUCACGAAAGGAUGCGGUGAUACGAUUACAAAAAAUCUUACAUGCUCCAACACCACCGGGUGGCGGUGUUACCAUACAAGUAGGAACAACUUCCAAUUCCACAUCAAAUACGAUUAGUCGCAUUCAUAGACUUAAUCAAAAUCAAAACAAUCUUAAA